CGCAUACCUUCAACGAUUUUAUACCAUGUGCAAUAUUUUAUGUGAAUAGCGUUACUCCUAGAUGUUUAUGCCCUAUGAAUUACUUUGUGUGAAUACCCGUAUUUGAAGCGAGUUGCAACUGUGAAGCAACCCUCUUCUGAUGUCUUAUGUACCAUUACAAUACACUCGCAUUCACACAUACAAACUUAUAGGCACUCACCCACACACACACACACACACCAGUUUUGUUGUUUUCUCUCUAUGUCAGUACGUAUUUGUUAUGGUCUAUGCGCGCUCUCCGAACAGGUCGUUAUCAACGGCUAGCAGCUGCUAACGGUUUGCACUUCGGCUAAAUGCUUACAUAUGUACAUAUGUAUAUUUUUUGACUAGCUCAAAACAAGCGGACGAGAAAUACUGUCCAUUUGCCGUUGGACGUUCGUAAGCAACACACGGACCCGCACGCAGAAACCAUAUUUUGUUAGCUAAACAACUGAAAUAAUUUAUAAAUAACAACAACCGUCGCCCCCGCCAACGCCAACGAAUCAAAACUCAUUUCUAUAUAAAUUAUGUCGCAUCUAUUGAAUAGCUUGGCACAGCCCGAGGUUAAGGAGACCAUCUUACCCUACGGCAAGUUGGAUGCAACCGCUCAGGAGCUCUUACGUGCCGCCCACCAGGUGCGCCAGCGCGCCUAUGCGCCGUAUAGUGAUUUCAAAGUGGGCGCCGCGUUUCGUGCCACAGAAGACAGCCAGCAAGUGUUUACCGGCUGCAAUGUGGAGAAUGCUGCAUUUACGCCGACAUCGUGCGCCGAGCGGACGGCCAUUGCCAAGGCCAUCAGCGAGGGUUAUCGCCAGUUCUCAUCCGGUGCGGUGGUCGCCUAUAAGCCAAAUGAGUUUGUCUCGCCCUGUGGCGUGUGUCGUCAAUUUAUCAGAGAAUUUGCGGGCAACACUGAUAUGCCCAUCUAUAUAGGCCAGGCCAAUGACGCACAGUCGCCGCAGGAGCAACUGGAGGAGCCUUUCCACAAUGACGAUCUAAUCCUUUGUACAUCGAUCUUCAACCUAUUGCCUCACAGUUUCCACACCUACAAAUAGAACUAGAAAAAUUGCAAGAUAGUACCAAUUAUGUUGUUCAAUAUUUUUUAUU